GGUGUUGUUGUCGUCACUUCAGUACAUAUUCUAACGGUUAAAAAGAACGGACGACUUUUUUUUUGUUUUUUUUUUUUUAUAUGCUGCAAUUUGAAAAAGAACUUUCUUGUGUGGAUUUAUGCUUAGGAUUAUUUUAGAAAUAAUCGCCGUGCAUAUGUUAUAAAAAAAAAAGCAUGGGAAAUCUUGACGAUAGCGGUAUAACAUCAACGCCAGACUGCUCCAGUAAUUUUGGCAACACAGCCGAAGUAAUAGAACAAAACAGAUAUGAUUUGGAACAGCAUCAAAAAAAAUUUGCUGCACCGGCUUAUACAGAGAUACGUACACGAAAAAAUGGUCUCAAGGCUAACAUAAUGGCCAUGAAUAGCAACAGCUUCAAGAACACUUCCAAAAACCUUCACGUCAGUAACGGGAUUACGACGAGCCAUGAAUAUGAUUCACCGGGUAGGUUAUCCGUUGCCGAUGGUAAGCUGUCCCCUGCCGAGGAGCAUUUUCAGAAAACUUCUUUCGAGGAGGUUCCCCUACAUACCGCCUGCCUUACUUACUUAGGCUUUUAUUUGCUCAUGAUUCUGGGUUAUAUCAAUCAAUUGCUCUUUGUGCCUAAAGUUGCUAAAGAGAAAUAUCGCGAUGGUUAUGUGGCUUUGUAUGAUGCUUUCGAAAGUUUUUAUUCUCGCUAUGUAUAUCGGCGGGUGAGGGAUUGUUGGAAUCGUCCAAUAUCCAGCGUACCAGGGGCAGAGUUGACAUUGAAGGAUCGUGUUACCCAUGAUUACGGCUGGAGUUUCGAAUUUACAGGCACUGAAACGCGUUGUCUGAACUUAGGUUCUUACAACUAUUUGGGUUUUGCUGCGGCUACAGGACCUUGCGCAGACGCUGCUGAAAAAAAUUGUCACGAUAUGGGUUUAGCUCUAUGUAGUUCGCGUACUGAGUUGGGUACUACAACGUUGCAUAAAGAUUUGGAGGAAUUGACAGCACGUUAUUUAGGUGUAGAAGAUGCGAUAGUUUUUGGCAUGGGCUUUGCCACUAACUCCUUAAACUUACCCUCACUGCUGUCACCGGGAUGUUUGGUAUUAAGCGAUGAGAAAAAUCAUGCUUCAAUUAUAUUGGGAUUACGCUUAUCGGGGGCUACCACUAAAGUAUUCAAACAUAAUAACAUGAAAGAUUUGGAACGUGUGUUGCGUUCCAAUAUAGUUAACGGUAAUCCUAAAAUGGGCGGAAAACCGUGGAAAAAGAUACUGAUUAUAGUAGAAGGCGUUUUCAGUAUGGAAGGUUCGAUUGUACGUUUACCCGAAAUAAUAGCCUUGAAAAAGAAAUACAAGGCUUAUUUGUACUUGGAUGAGGCUCAUAGUAUUGGGGCUAUGGGCCCUAAUGGUCGUGGUGCUACCGAUUAUUUCAAGGCAAAUGCCAAAGAUGUUGACAUACUUAUGGGUACUUUUACCAAAAGUUUUGGUAGUGCCGGGGGCUAUAUAGCCGGUACAAAAAAACUUAUUGAUUUCUUACGCACAAAUAGUCACGCACAUUGUUAUGCGGCUACUAUGUCGCCGCCUGUGGCGCAACAGAUUUUUACUUCUAUGCGUAUUAUUAUGGGUUUGGAUGGCAGUGAUACGGGUAGACGAAAAAUUCGGCAACUGGCUCGUAAUACGCGAUAUUUCCGUAAACGUUUAGCACAAAUGGGAGUAAUAACAUACGGCCAUGAAGACUCCCCGGUGGUACCUAUGCUAGUAUAUCUUUUCUCUAAAAUUGGAGCUGUUGUGCGCACAUUAACCACACGCCAUAUAGCUGUUGUAGGUGUUGGUUUUCCGGCUACACCGAUUAUGGAAGGACGUAUACGCUAUUGUUUAUCGGCGGCUCAUACCAAAGAACAAUUAGAUUACGCUUUAAGUGUAAUCGAUGAAAUUAGCGAUAAUUUGGGUUUAAAGUAUUCACGUAAACCGCUUGAUCCCAAUCCCAUUGAGUACUGAUUUUAAUCAAAAAAAAUAAUAGUUAGUUUUUUUUUUUUUUGAAAAAGUGCGCCGGAGACUCUUACCCCCACUCCCACGCUCUAUCUCUCCGUUUCUCUUAAUAGGUUACACACAAAGGUAGAAAAAUUGUUCAAAUUUAAGCAUAAAGUCAUUAUCGAUAAAAGUAAAAAUUAAAAAUUCUAAAUAUAUAACUUAUUAUAAAAUUUAAGAAAUUAAUUAUUAAAAAGCUAACAAGAAUGCCUUUAUUUAGUUUUUAAGUCCAUACAAAGCCCAUAUUAAAUAGUAAAUUAUUUCAUAAUUAGGCCUAAAAAUUAUCGCUUAAUCAUUAAUCUUUUUACCUAAAAAUCAAAAGGUUUUAAGAUCAGUUUAUCGGUAAUUUUUUAUAAACAAUACUUUAAUUGUUCAUCAUUGCAGCAUUUAUUUAAAAAGAAAAAAAAAAAAACUACAAACAAAAACAAACUGUAAUUGUUACUUUUUCGAAACUUUUCCUUAAUAAUAUACAAUAAGAUAAAAAUCGUAACUACAGUCAAUCAAGUCUUCUAAUCGAUUGUUUUUUUGUUUAACAAAACUACCAUCAAAAAUUUUGCUUUUGGGUUUUCAGUAUUUUGAUGAAAAAUAAAAAAAAAAGAUUGAAUAUUUACAAAGCAAUCAUUUUUAUAUCUAUGCCACAGAAGGACGGGUUAAUACAAUUAUCAUAAGGAAAGAUUUUGAAGCGUGUAAAAGGGCAUGUUCACGAUUUGUCAUUUCCUUCAUAGAAUUUUCUUUUAAGAAGUGAGAGCCAUUUCUUUUGGUACGGUCGUAACCACAAGCAACAAAAUCUUUUUUUACACGGUAUUUUUUUUAGUUGAUUUUGAAAUAACACUGUUUACCAAUAAGAAUUACACUUCUUUACAGAAAUUUCUUGUUCUAGCACGUAUCCCCAGAAAAAGUUUGUUUUCAUUCUAAUUUUGAUUUUGUUAGUAGCUUGGUCUACUACGGGGAAUACCUACAUUUUAUGAUUAUCUCAUAUCUUGAACUCAGAAUUUUGCUAUUCACUAAUUAUUUUUUGUUAGAAGUUGAAAUUCGUGGGAUAUAAUAUGAUGUUCAUUUUUUGAUGGUCCAGUCCAAAAAAAUAUAUGUACGCUUGUUAUCAAGUUACGAUGAACAGUUGCGAAAUUCACUUUUAUUUCUCAUUUCAAUUCAAAUGUUUACAUGUCGUACUUAUCGACUGAACUUUCAGCGUGUACUUCUAAUAUGGAUUAAUGCUUUUUUUGCACGAUUUUUGGAAAAAUAUUUAAAGUUUUCUAAUCUCGCACGAUUUUUUAAAGUUGCAGAAUAUAUUUCCGAUUUUACUAUAUGGGUUUGUGUGCACGAUUUUUUUGCUUGCGAACUUCCGUGUAAAAAGAGACUUGGGUAUAUAUUAUAGAUUUUAAAUUCUUUCACUCCUCUCAAAAUCCAAUAGUUCGUAAAAAUGUCAAGUUCCUAAAAAGGAUCCUUAAUUAAUAAUUUUUAUCGUUCUCUGGUACAGCUUCAGUUCAGUCAAAACAUAAUUGAAAUUUUGACACUUCUAUCAAAAGAUCCAUU